AUGGUUAUGAAACAUUUUCGUACCAGUGACGUGCCAAGUGACUCUGGUUAUGCUUUUGUUACCCCUGCAGCAAGCCCGACACCGGGGCCGGCGCCUAUGCGAUCGCUCAGCAGCAACCUUCACCUGGGCGUGCAGGGAAAUUGCGAACAGCACGGCAAUGACACGCUUGCGUCGCUGUGGUUGCAGCCCAGGGCACAGAACACGUUCCAGACGCCUCAGGGCUCAGCGUCUAGGUCGUACAACAUGGCGCAUCGGGUAACUCGUGAGCGAACGUUAGGCAAGGUUGAAGAUUCGAAGAAGCCGAAUAAUGCAGCUCCAUUCCUUGCAGGAAUCUUCACGCAGAAUCCUGAAGGGUCUCCAAGCGACUCGUUCCUUUCUCCCGGUUUACAGGGAGAGCAGCCCCCACAACUCGCGCUUACUCAAGAGGAGACUAGAACGAAAACCUUAUUGAACCUUUUUUUCGAUAAUGCUCAUGGGAUUCGGAGAAACUGUGCGGAUUCUGCUGCCCUGGCAUCGAAAGAAGGCGACGGAUGGGUAUCCAUCUCGUGGAAGGAGUACGGUAGACUGGUUUGUCAAAUCGCUAACGGCCUGAGGCAAUGCGGGUUCGAGGCCGGCGACCACGCUGCCAUCUUGGGUUCGAACUCACCCAGAUGGCUUAUCGCGGACCUGGCGGUCAUGUGUCUUGCAGGCUGUACCACCGGUCUAUAUCCGAACGAUCUAGCGGAGCAAGUUGCGUUUGUCUGUGAGAAUUUUCGAGCGAAAGUUGUUUUCGUGGACUCUGAAAUGCAGUACGCAAAGCUGCUAGAUACUGCGGAAAUGCUUGGGGAGCUUCAGCUCGUCGUGCUCAUGAAUGAUACCACACGAGAAGUUUCGCCUCGAUGCGGUCGGAAACCACACUGGAAAAAUAUUUCGUGGAGCGAACUAUUGAAAAAAGGCCGACGGCACUUUGAGAGCGCAGCAACGAACAUUGAACGCCAAGCGAGAGCCAUUUUGCCGUCGGCAAUCUGCAUGACCGUAUACACUUCGGGGACAACGGGAAAACCCAAGGGAGCAUGCUAUCGACAUCGCAACCUUUAUUUCAUUGCAGAGGAAAUAUCCCGUUGUGUAGGUUCAAACGGCGGCGAUAUUACACUGUCGUUUCUCCCACUCUGCCAUAUCGCGGAGCGCAUUCAAGGUGAAUUGCUUGCUAUCUAUGAUGCGAAUGCCGUCUAUUUUGCGGAGAGCUUUGCUACAGUGAAGAACAACCUGGCGGAGGUGCGUCCGACCCUGUUCCUGUGCGUGCCAAGGGUAUGGGAAAAGUUUGCGUCCGCGCUCAAGCAACGCUUCGCCUCGGAGGCGCUCCUUCGACGCGCCGUCAUCAGCCAGGCACUCCGAAACGGCGCAUCCAUUGGUGAGUGUCGCAACAGCAUACGCGGACAACGGCCAGCCAUCUGGACCACCGUCCAGUGGCGCCUCUACCAGAAGCACAUCAUUGGCAAAAUCCUGACGCUGCUUGGGCUCGAUCGAUGUCAUACGUUCGCCUCGGGAGCAGCGCCGCUGAAUCCAGAGAUCUCACGCUUCUUCCGGAGCAUAGGUAUCGACAUCGCGGAGCUGUAUGGCCAGAGCGAGAGCACGGGUGUCAUCGCGCUGACGCCAAAAGGCGCCAUCAAGCCGGGGACCGCGGGCCUGCCCCUCCGUGGGAUUCAAGUAGUUCUUGGUGCGGAUGGAGAAAUCCUCGCGAAAGGCGAUAACGUCUUCGCUGGUUACUACAAUGAUGCACGAGGUACUGCCCAAGUUAUUGACAAUGCUGGGUUCUUGCACACCGGUGAUGUUGGGAGUUUCGAUGAGGACGGCUAUCUUGUUGUCACCGAUCGCCUGAAAGAUCUGAUUAAAACAUCAGGCGGGAAAUUCAUCGCGCCUCAGCCAACAGAAGCGCGGCUUAAAACGUUCGACGGCAUAGCCCAAGUAGUGGUUAUUGGCGACGGAAAACCGUACUGCACUGCACUGAUUACGCUAGAUGAGGGUGCGCUCCCGGCGUUGACCUCUAAGAUUGGCAUAGAAUCUACGGAGUCUCGCCCCGAUAUACUCUCCAGAGAUAAGCGAAUCAUUGAUGUGAUUCAGCAUUACAUCGAUGAAGUGAACGCGACACUGCCGUCGUAUGCAACGAUCAAGUACUUUCGAAUCCUUCCCACCGAGCUUACCGUGGAAGGCGGCGAGCUCACCCCAACCCUGAAAGUUAAGCGCCGUGUCGUACAAGAAAAGUACGCCCAUGUCAUCGAUGAAAUGUACGUCUCAGGUGAGAGGGCAACCGCUAAAGCAUCCGGGAACGCCCUUCGAGUGGCACCAUAA